CAAAGUCGCAGGGCGGGCCGAGUGGACUUCCGCUGCUAGCGCGGGUCUUCCCUCGGUCCCGUCGUCACCCUCCAGCUCCUCUGCAGACUUGGCCGCCGGACUGCCCUCUGCGCUCACCUAAGUGUCCCGACCAGACCCCGGGUGAAGCGCGGGACCGCUCCGACCACCCUCGUCCCCUUCUCGCCCGGGUGGCAUUCACUCGGCGCGUUCCGGCAGCUCUGAAUCCGAAGGCUCCUCUGCGGGCCAGGUACUCGCCCGGAGCGGGGAGCGCGGCAGGACUGCGGCGCUGCGUGAGCGGGGUGCCGAUCGCGCCGCGGCUGAGCCGCUGCUGGACGACCCCGGAGGGUUGCUUAGUUUUUUUGUUUUCCCGCACAGCGAGCUCUGGUUCUGAGAGGAAAGAGGAAGGUGUUGAAAGCGCCAAACAAAAAUUAUAUUGACAUGGCCACAGGAACCGACUUUCUGAGAGACCAAAAUCAAAGACCAAGUGAAAUUAUUAGAGAGCACCAAAUGGAAAAUUUUUCCAAAUACUCAUCUCUACAGAAAAAUAUCCUCAGAGGAGAUGGAGAUGACACAUUAGUAAACUCGACAGCUGAUGAAAGCUUUUUAGCACUUCUUGUUACUGAGUAUGAUAAACAUCUGGCAGAGCUGGGUGGGCAGUUGAAAUAUUACCAGAAACAGAUGAGUGAGAUGAAACUGCAACUUGAAAGUGUCAUCAAAGAAAAUGAAAGGCUGCACAGUGAGUUAAAAGAUGCUGUGGAGAAACAGUUGGACGCCCUUCCUUUCAGCGCAGAGAUAGGAAAUGAUACAUUUACAGAUGAUGAGAGAGUCAGGAAUCUUCAAGAACAACUGCAACUAGCCAAUCAAGAAAAGACUCAGGCUGUGGAACUCUGGCAGAAUGUUUCUCAGGAGCUGAACAGGCUACAGAAACUGUACCAGGGACAUAUGACUGAGGCCCACAUUCAUGUGCUUGAAAGCCAAAAACAAAAGGAGCAGCUGACUGGCUUUCAGCAGUGGACCAAAAAGCUCCAUGUUACUAAUGAGAACAUAGAAAUGACUAACCAACACUUUAUGAAAACGGUAACUGAGCAAAAUGUGGAACUAGAACAGCUUCGAAAACAACUUAGACAAGCCAAGUCAGAUCUGAGAGUUGCAGUAGCAAAAGUAGAAGAGUUAACAAAAGUGACUGAAGGUCUUCAGAAGCAAACACUAAAGAAGGAGGAAGAUAUGGUGUCUGCCCAAAGAAAAGAGGAAGUAUCCAACAAACAGUUACAGGAGUUACAAUCUAAUAUAAAACAAUUAGAAACAAGAUUAUGCAUGUCAAUCCAAGAAGCUAACCAGUUAAGAGCAGAAAAAACACAACUGGAGAAGCAGACCAUAGACCUACAAGCGAAGUGCAGUGGAUUAGAAAAUGAGAAAUAUGAGGCUAUUUUAAGAGCUCGAGAUAGCAUGCAACUGCUAGAAGAAGCUCACCUUCAAAAAAAUCAGGUUCUGCUUGAGAAGAAGCAAAGAGAAGAAGAUAAAGAGAAAAUGAAAGAAGCACUUUCUCAGCUCAUACAAGAGUCUAAUUUAAGAACCAAGAAAGCGGUCGAAAACACCAAAAAACAACAUCAUGUACAGAUUUCUCAAUUAAUGGAAGAACUUUCAGCUCUUCAAAUGGAGUGUUAUGAAAAACAAAGCCAAAUUGAACGAUGCGUUAGGGAAAAAAAAGCUGUGGAAGAAGAACUAGAACAGACUUACCGUGAAGGCAGAGGGAAUGAAGGUGAUUACAGAAAACUGGAAGAAAUGCACCGAAGAUGUCUGGUUGCUGAGCGCUCAAAAGAUGAUCUUGAGCUAAAACUUAAGAGAGCAGAAAAUAGGAUAAAGCAACUUGAAAUUAAUUCCUCGGAAGAGAUAUCACGUUCCCAUGAAAUGAUUCAGAAACUUCAAAAUGUGUUGGAGUCGGAAAGAGAGAAUUGUGGCUUUGUCAGCGAACAAAGGCUUAAACUGCAGCAAGAAAAUGAACAGCUACACAAGGAAACCGACCAUUUAAGAAAGAUUGCUCUGGAGGCUCAAAAACAAGCCAAAUUAAAGGUCAGUACAAUGGAGCAUGAAUUUUCAAUAAAGGAACAUGGGUUUGAAGUUCAGUUAAGAGAGAUGGAAGACAGUAAUCGAGAUUCCACUGUUGAACUGAGGCAUCUCUUAGCAACUCAACAGAAGGCAGCCAAUAGGUGGAAAGAAGAAGCAAGGAAACUCUCUGAAAGUGCAGAAAUGAGAAUCGGCAACCUAAAGAGUGAGCUGAGUCGACAGAAACUUCAUACCCAAGAACUGCUCUCUCAGCUGGAAAUAGCAAAUGAAAAGGUAGCCGAGAAUGAAAAAUUAAUUUUAGAGCAUCAAGAAAAAGCCAGCAGACUUCAAAGGCGUCUGAGCCAGGCCGAAGAGAGAGCUGCUUCGGCUUCCCAGCAGCUCAGUGUGAUUACAGUACAGAGAAGAAAAGCAGCCUCCAUGAUGAAUCUGGAAAAUGUUUAAAAAUAUUCAUAGUUCCCUCACAGAACUGUAGAGUUGAGAAAGCUGUUGGACUAGAAGUACGUUGACAUGGCGAUGCCUGCAGAGAAUGGUUGAGGCUUGUGUCACUUGGCAUAAGCAUUUUCCAUUCUGUUCUGAGCAUUAUUGGAUAACAGAACAGUGACAGCUUCCUGUAAGUAAAGAAAAUAUAAUCCUAUAUUCGAGCUUCAGUGAAAAAUAAAACCAGCUGAGAAGAACUCACUGCCUUCAUCAACUUAUCUAUUUUUCAAUUCCCUCUUUUUCCAUUGGAUGAAAAUAAUUUUCAAACUAUGCUAACCUCCAGAAAGAGGUCUUACAAAAAAUCUAGAAUUUAAUAUUUCAGGUUUCAAGACUGGGGAGCUUUAUGUCUAAUUGUUACUUCUACCUCAUUUUUAAAGUU